AUGGAGACCCCGUCGAUGGGAUGGGGAAUGGGCGACAAAUAUAUACAUUCUCUUGAGACGGUGCUCGAGAGUCUUGUUAUCGGGUCCAUCUACUCUCUUUUACUGGACGAGCACCGUGGUCAUCCAGCACUUUCAGUGGCAACGGGAGGAAGAAGACGGGGAGGACGGGGCGUGACCUGGUCAUCUCUCGCUUUCGAACAUAUCAGAAGUCCAUCUCGGGCCUUCAUCCUUAAUUACUGCUCUACCGUUUAUAAUGGAGUUGCUACUAUUAUGAACGGAUUGGGGGUGGGAAGGAUAGUAUCAGAUGGGCUACGCGCCCUUAUCCAUGUCGAUAUGCUGAUGUCCCUGAGCAGAGCAUCCUUGACAUUACACCCCCGACGCCCUGUGAGGACGAAGACGAAGAUGGAAGAGAAGGGGAAGGGCUUGAUCACCAGCUAA